AGCAUUUUUUGCUACAGGUCUGAGAAAGGGCAAGCUGGUAUGGAGAAAGAGAAGUUCCAGCAGAAGGCUCUGAAGCAAACUAAGCAGAAGAAAUCCAAGUCGGCUGAAUUUCUGAUGGUAAAAGAAGAGAGAACAGCAACAGAAGGCAUUGAAAAUCCAGCUUUUAACAUCAGCAGCACAGAUCUUUCAGCAUAUCAGCCUUCAGAAGAGAAAGUUAUUAGACAUGACAAGCCAGAUAGCACCCUUGCAGCUCACCAACAAAAACUCGGGCUGCAAGCCCGUGCUGAACCAAGAGGAAAUGAAUACAGCAGAAAUUACUUUGACCCGUUGAUGGGUGAGGAAAUAAACCCAAGGCAGUGUGGGAUGGAGGUCAGUGAGGAAGAUCCUGUGAAAUGUGAUGAGCAAAUCCUGUACUCUAAACUGAUGAAGCUUCUAGAUGAGGAAAACAAGAUGCUGGACUUCCAAGCCCGUGUCAUCAGUGAAGAUUUUCCGGACGCUGUAAUGCCUGUCAGCUCCAGUAAGGCAUGUGACCUUCACAGGGAGCUUGAAGAUGAAGAGAUUCCUUCAUAUAUUGAACAGUUUGAGAGAGAUGUUCAGGAUGACAUAAUUCUGCUUGGCAGCUUUUCACUGGAACAGCACAAGGGAGCUUCUCACCACAAGAAACAAAAGUGGAGAGCCAGGAUUCAUGAACUCAUUCAAAGGGUGGGAAGUCAGCUGCUGAAAACAGAGGAGAGUGGAAUUGAAGAAGAAAUGGUAGCCAGCUUUGGUAACCUUGCAGGUGUGAAUUCUGGAUUAAAUGGAGCAGCAGGAACUUGUGGGGAGGUUGACUGCUCCAAGAUGCCGCAACCACUAGAAAUUCACCUCAGAUGCCUGAGGGGAGUCAAAGAUAAGGUCCCCAAAGGCCUCUACACUCUCAAAGUUUCUGUUCUCAGCCGCUUAGGUGGUGCCUUGGUGGAGCUGGAGGAGCAGCCUCAGGCCAGGACGACACAGGCUGUUAGUCACGGUGGAAACUUCUAUGACACUGAAAUCCACUUUGGACAAAGCAUCCAGACAGUUCUACCACAUAGAAAAGCUGUGAAACCAGGCAUGGUACUCCUCUUUGAACUCUUCCUUCUUCGUGGCACCUAUACCUGGAUUGAUCGAGAAGUGGGAUGGGGAGCUUUUCCCUUAUGUGAUAACAAUUUCAAUGCUUUGGAAGGAAAAUUUAAAUGUCCCUUCCUUAGAGGCCAUUAUGACUCCAAAAUUGACCGAUUAAAAAAAAUUGAAAAUUUUAUUUCUCAGGACUUGGAUCAUUGGUUAUGCAAUCUCUACUUUCAGGUUUGUAUUUAA